AUGAUUGAUAAAAUCCAACAAUUUUACUCGGUAAACACCACCACUGGUGAACUUAUUAAGAAUGUUAAUAUGGGAGUAUCCAACAAAUAUUCAAUCCAAACCAUUCUUUCUGGUGAUGGCUCUGACUCUUUUUUAUUGUUGGCCACUGAUAAAGUUGCCAAGAAUGAUGUGAUUCUGGAGUAUUCUAUUAGUGAUAAUACUUUCUUUCAAUUGAAUAAUGUCAAUGGAUUUUAUAAUGGAGUGUCUGCCCCUCAACAAUAUGCUUAUGAUCCAGUGAAAAACUUUGUUGCACUCGCAUCCUUUCUUCCUGGUCCACCAAGCUCUAAUCUAACCAUUAACAUCUGGGAUUUCAAUAAGAAAGAAAUAUCCAGUGUCGAACUCCCAACAGGUCCAAUGAAUGUUAACAGUAUAUAUCCAGUCGGUUCAUAUGAUCCUACAACUGGUAAUUACUAUAUCAUUUAUAGUUCUAAUGUAAACAAGAGUGGUACAUAUUUCAUCGUAUAUAACUUGUGGAGUAAUACCGUCGUUAAAGGACCAAGUUAUUUCGCUGGUUUCUUAAUGGAAGUUCCACAAAUUGUUUAUACAGAUGAUCAAAUCUACUUUAUCGAUAUGUGUAUCCCUUGUAGCUUUGAAAUAUACUCUGUUGAUGUUUCUUCUCAAAGUGUAUCCAAAAUCUAUACUGUUCAAACUGGUUCGAACAAUCCGUUUUUAACUAGUGUUUUCGGCGUCAAAGGUAGCUCCAUCGUAUUAUUCGCUCCAGUUGGUCCAUCUUUGUAUGAAACAACCGUUAUUGACCUUGCAAGAAGUCAAAAGUACACCAGCCCAUCAGUUACAAUCACCACUCAAUUCCAUUAUGAGUGGAUCAGUGCCGGUAUCUAA